AUGACGACAAUGACUCGUGGCGUAACCGACCCGGAGCUGACGUCCGUCGGGCUGUACACGCCGCUGCCAUGGCCCCUGCGGCUGGAUGUCCUUCCCUUCUGCUUCUUCUACGUCACAGCUGUGUAUCUGUACACAGUGCGGCCACCGGGCGACGUCGUCCCGUGGAUUGUUGGCGCCUGUAGCGUCUUUUGGCACGCGCUGGCGCUGCUCAGUGUCGAGUGGAGCGUGGACGUGCGUUGCUGGAUGUCCUGCGCCCGUGUAUCGCCUUCAGAUGUGGCAGAGACGGGUCGCGUCCGACUGCUGGUGAAGGUGGAGCCGUCGCUCGCGAUGACGCCCAAGCAGCUCUGUGACUGCCAUUGGACGCCAGCGAUCGAGGACAAGAGGACGAAGCUGUUGAAGCACGAGCCAAUGCACACGCUCUGGUUCUCGUACCAGAACGUCAAGUUCUGUCUUUACAAAGACGUGGCUUCGGUCUGUAGCAGCCGAGACGUUCAGUUCCGUCGUCUCGAGUUCCCAACCUCUGGAACGCUGGCAUCCUAUUUGCAGAGCAAAGGCGUGGGUACAACGGAUGAGCUCAAGUAUGCCACAACUAAGUGGGGCAAGAAUGACGUUCAAUUGCCAAUGCCCACGUUUGCAGAGCUGCUGAAAGAGCAGCUGGUGGCUCCAUUCUUUGUCUUCCAGUUUCUCUGCAUGCUGCUCUGGUGUCUCGACGAGUACAUGUACUACUCGCUGUUGACACUACUUAUGCUCGUGAUCUUCGAGUGCACGGUGGUAAAGCAACGCCAGCAGAACUUGGCCACGCUGCUGCACAUGCGGCGUGCACCACAACCGUGUCUAGUUUUUCGCUCUGGUCGGUGGGUCCAGGCCUUGAGUGACGAGCUCGUACCCGGCGACUUGUGCUCUGUUGGUCACAAUGACCGCGAUACCGUAGUACCGUGCGAUUUGCUGUUGCUCCGUGGAAAUUGCGUGGUCAAUGAGUCGAUGCUGUCCGGUGAGUCGAUUCCUCUGCGCAAAGAGGCUAUCAGCGCAUCGAUUUUAAAUGAGGAGGACAUGCUCCAGCAUCUCGAGAUCGAUGACGGAUCUAGCAUGAAGCACAAACGACAUGUGCUGUACGGAGGCACCAAGAUCCUUCAGCACACGACUCCUCGUGUGAAGGAGUUGCCGCUAGUAUGUGUACCCCCUGAUGGAGGCUGCAUUGGGUAUGUGCUAAAGACGGGAUUCGGGACGACUCAAGGAAGUUUGAUGCGCACAAUUUUGUUUUCAUCGCAGCGUGUUACGGCCAACAACUCCGAGGCAAUGUGGUUCAUCCUUCUGUUACUCAACUUUGCGGUGGUCGCAGCAGCGUUUGUGCUUGCAGAUGGGAUCGAUGAUCCGACUCGCAACCAAUUCAAGCUGUUUCUGCACUGCAUUAUGAUUAUCACUUCAGUCGUGCCGCCGGAGCUCCCCAUGGAGCUAUCAUUAGCCGUCACCAACUCGCUGAUUGCGCUGACAAAAAGCAACAUUUUCUGCACGGAGGUAUUUCGAAUUCCUGCAGCGGGUCGCAUUGACAUCUGCUGUUUUGACAAGACUGGGACGUUAACGAGUGACGAGCUCAAGUUGCAUGGUGUAGCAGGCUUGGAAAGGCUUGCGGAGCCCAACGACACAAAAAAGCAUUGCAGCAAGCUAGAUACAAUUGGACCGGAGCACCUCCCUCUCGAUACGGAAUUAGUGCUUGCUGGAUGCCAAUCGUUGGUCAUGCUGAACGGAAAGAUCACUGGAGACCCGCUUGAGAUGGUUGCUAUUCGAAGCAUUAGCUGGUGCUUAACAUCUCGUGAGGGCGGAGACGAGAGCCUUCUCAGUGUUCAGCCAUCUUGGACUUCUGAUCACCGAGGGAAGAUUCAAGCAGUUGAUAUUUUGCACAGCUUUGCUUUUUCCUCGGAGCUCAAGCGCAUGUCGACAGUCGUGUGCGUGCGAAAAGCGGAGAAUGAUGAACAAGACGAGCAACGUAUUCUUACCAAAGGUGCACCUGAAGUGCUUGAGUCUUUGUUUGCACAGAAGCCUGCAAAUUACCGCCGUGUGUAUUGCCAUUAUGCAUCCAAAGGAUGCCGUGUUUUGGCAUUGGGCUUCCGGGUGUUGCCAAUGAAUCACUCGCCGGACGAGUUGCGACGGAAGCCACGCCAUGAGUUGGAAAGCGCGCUAACGUUUGCAGGGUUUCUGGUUCUGGACUGUCCGCUGAAGAAGGAUACAACGCAAACUAUUCGGGACCUGAUGAUGUCGAAGCACAAGGUAAUCAUGGUGACUGGCGAUAAUCCGCUGACAGCGUGCGACGUAGCCCGGCAAGUGGGAAUCAAUGCAGGGUAUUCGAAACAGCCAUUGAUUUUGACGCCGAAUGCGGAGGACGGGUCUGUUUGUUGGAAGUCGAUUGACGACGGUUCGCCUGGCAUGGACGAGGAAGUCAUUCUCUUUGAUGUCAAUGAAGUUGCAAAGAUGCAAGUGCAAUAUGACAUGUGUGUGACGGGCGAGGCCAUGACAUUGCUUUACAGGCAGCAGGAAGAAAAGUGCGAAAACAAAGCGGCUGCGCUUGAAGAAUUUCUUACCACCCUUGAGAAAAUAUGCCUUUGCACCUCCGUGUUUGCUCGUACGUCACCCCAGCAGAAAGAGCACGUUAUUCUGGCAAUGAAACGGUGUGGCAAAACGACUGCCAUGUGUGGCGACGGCACCAACGAUGUAGGGGCCUUGAAGCAAGCGCACAUCGGUAUAUCAAUCGUGAACUCGUCCAGCUCCGGGAAUAGUCCUCGCGUGGUCACAUCUGGAAAAACAAGCAGUAAUGUUGUCGGCACAGGUGGUCUUCGUCAUCGGCGACAACCUGGGCGUCAAGAGCAUUUUGUGGACGAGCUGCAGCAAACGCUUUACGGCAGUGACGAUUCCCAGGUCGUUCGAUUGGGAGACGCUUCUAUCGCCUCGCCGUUCACGUCGAAGAGCUCGAGCAUUCGUGUGAUCAAAAAGCUGAUUCGCCAGGGGCGGUGCACGCUCGUGACAACUAUCCAGAUGUACAAGAUCCUGGGCAUCAACUGUCUCAUCACGGCGUACUAUUUGAGCUCUCUCUUUGUCCUUGGUGUCAAGAAUGGCGAUCAACAGCUCACUAUAUCAGGGCUCUCCGUUGCGAUGUUUUUCCUGAUUCUGUCGCGAGCGAAACCCACGCGCAAGCUCUCCCACCAGCGGCCACCACCGGGAGUGUUCUGUGUGAACGUGAUGGUGUCGAUCUUUGGUCAGUUUUUGAUCCAUUUGGCUUUUCUAGUGGCGGCUCUACGUCUGGCUCAACCUUUCAUCGAGCCCGGAGACCCAGCGAUGCAUCCAGAUGGGAAAUUUGCCCCCAACGUGGUCAACAGUAUCAUGUAUCUCAUGUCUUCCAUCAUGCAAGUGAACACCUUCGUGGCCAACUAUCGUGGACAACCGUUUAUGGAGGGAUUUUGGGAGAACAAGCUGCUUCACCGCAGCGUGCUCUUUACUUACGCCGUAUUGGCGAUGGUCAUCGCAGAAGUGUUCACUCCUGUGAACGCGAUGCUUGAGUUGGUGACAAUGCCAAACCAACAGACACAGCUUGCCGUCGCAGCUCUUAUGGCAGGUGACACGAUCGUUGCGCUGGCUUUCGAACGUGCUGUGCAGACGAUAGUCAUGGCAUCCUCGUGA